UUGAAAAUGGCUUUCUUCAUAACGCAAUUCACAUCUCACCUUGGAUGUCAUCAGUGGAUUUGGAUAGAUUAAUGAAACAAUGGUUCGUUGUUUGAACUAUGUCCUCUUAUCUAUUUGGUUUGGCGCUAUCACUAUUGAGUGUGCCUCGAACGAAUUUAGAUUAAGUCCUGAACAGUUAGUGGUGAGGUAUCAGUUGGAAUGCAUUGAAGAGACCAGAGUGGACCCUGAUGUGAUUUUGAGGGUUCGAAAAGGAAGUUGGAUAAUUCCACAGGAUAAAGUGGAGCUCGUUAAGGAAUGGACACUUUGCGUGAUGAUGAAAGCCGGACUGAUGACUAAGGAGGGAGUCUAUCUAAUAGAUGUAGCUCUGCAGCAAGUACCACACGAAGAAAGAAGAGAAGUAGAAGAUUUAAUUGACAAAUGUCUCAGUCAGAAAGCAAUUCCUGCUCGGGAUAUCGCAUUUAAUUUCGCAAAAUGUUAUCAAAAAAUAUCGAGAGGAAGCUACACCGUGUCCGCUGUUUUACCCCCACCCCGCCGAAAUGCGGAAAGAAGGUUCAAUAUUGUCCACACUGAUUUUGCUAGUUCUAUCUAGUGGCAGGGGAAUUAAUUAGUCUAAUACGUAAAUGACACGGCCAUACCUUAUACGACCAUUUACGUGGGUCAUCUUUCCAGACAGAUUAUUGGCUUUUGGGUUGUAGUUCUUGAAAUAGAUGAUUAAAUUCAUCGUAUGUUUUUUCGGGUAGCGUUCAGUGUAUCUAGGACAUACAUUACUAAACGGGCCUUUGAAUACCAAAUCUUUCCGGAGCUGGUCAAAGAAGUGUUUAAGAAAAAAAUAUUUACUU